AUGGUCCCAACGCUGAGAAAUCCCACCUCGUGGGACGAAUACGAGGGACGGGCUUCCCCCUCGGGAAGCCUAUGGUCAAGCGUUAUAGACGAAGAAGCUUCUUUGCUCGACAGCGAUGGAGACUGCACUCAGCCGCCAGUUGCCCACCACGACCGCAGGAGGUCCUCUGUGACAACCCGGCUCGCGGCAAUGGCAGACAUAGGGGGAGUGAAUAGCUUCAGAUCCUUCGCCAGGAGUUGGCAGCGUGCCGCGUCUUUCGCGGAAGUUAUCCCUCGCCGCCCAAGUUUUAUUCUUCCCGCCGAAGCAGAAACCGUUCCGGUAUCAAGUGGCGAUGAAAUCCAAUACAGCCGCAGCCACGUUGACAGCCAACCUCCACCACAGGCGGGAUUGCUUAGACAACACCUGGAAGCAUCAAUGCCCCAGGAUUCCGCUUCAGUCCAGACUAUUCCCGACUCUGGCAUUGGCGUGGGACCUGCUGGAGGUAUCCCACAAGAAGACUUCCGGGAACGAGAACGCAAAGCAUUGGAUACUGAGAUGGCAUCGGGUGCUCUCCAUGAUGGGUCGCCGUCGAUACGAUCCAACAUCUUCGCCGUACCCCCACACCUGACGACGCCGUCGCUCAUUGGAAGCUAUGGCUCACAGUAUGGCACCAUGGGUGCCCGCAGAUACAGAUCGCGGUCCUCCGCAAGCUAUGAGAGCGCUUGGGGAGUGCGCGGUGAUCGUGGAGGCGACUAUGGUGAUGACGUUGCCCUCGGCGAGGAACAGCCUAUACUAGUCAAGGAGAUAAAGCAAGGUGACAGAGUGGUUUUGACCGUCGAUGGCCAGAGCACCCUCCCGCAAUCGAUUUUUAACUCCAUCAAUGCAAUCAUCGGGGUCGGCUUACUGAGCUUGCCGUUGGCAUUCAAGAUGAGUGGGUGGAUACUUGGAUUGUUCAUUUUGACACUUACUGCUGCCGUUACCUCCCAUACGGGAAAGUUGAUUGGCAAAUGCAUGGAGUACGACCCCAGCAUAAUAACGUACUCAGAUUUGGCCUAUGUUGCCUUUGGAGCCCGGGCUCGAGUCAUUGUAUCAGCACUGUUUACUCUGGAGCUUCUUGCAGCCUGUGUAGCCCUAGUCAUACUUUUUGCUGACUCUCUAGAUCUUUUGAUGCCCACUGUGGCCAACACAACCGUUUGGAAGUGCGUUUGUGCUGCUCUCAUUCUGGUUUUAAAUAUGCUCCCUUUGCGAUGGCUCAGUUACACCAGUGUUGUUGGCAUUUUUUCUACAUUUUGCAUUGACGGCCUAGUGAAGCAACAUACUCCGGGAACCUUAUGGGAGCCAGCAAGAACUUAUCUCCUACCCUCCAACUGGCUUUCCCUUCCUCUCGCGUACGGGCUCAUGGCCAGCCCAUGGGGUGCCCAUUCCGUCUUCCCCUCUAUCUACCGAGAUAUGAGGCAUCCUCAUAAAUGGAGCAAGGGCGUCAACGUCACUUUUUCGUUCUCUUACGUCCUCGACACUUGCCUAGCCAUUGUUGGUGUUCUCAUGUUUGGCGAUGGCAUAAAGGAAGCAAUCACAUCAAAUAUCCUCAAAACACAUGGCUAUCCCGAAUUUUUAACCAUACUGAUGUGUAUUUUCAUAACAAUAAUACCCCUGACGAAAAUUCCAUUAAAUGCGAGACCUCUAAUCACAACGGCUGAUGUGGUUUGUGGUCUUCACAGAGACCAUCACAAUCCUCACCAUCAUCGUUCGGGAUCGGACGCUCAGUUAUCGACACUCGCAAAUAUACUGAGAGCAGGCGUCCGGGUCCUAGUUGUUCUGAUCCUCUUGGCUAUUUCUGUCCUAUUUCCAGCGUUUGACUCCGUCUGUGCUUUCCUCGGCGCUGCACUCUGCACGCUUAUCUCAGUCAUCUUGCCGAUUUGCUUUUACUUAAAACUGUAUUCAAAGGACAUCGCCAAGUGGGAACGUAUUGCAUCUUGGAUCUUACUGAUUAUCUUCUCCAUUUUUGGAUUAGUUGGCACAAUUUGGACAUUCUUGCCUAAACAGCUCGUGGGCACCUAG